CGUUAAGGGGAGUGAGGCGCGUUCACAGGCUAUUUAAAAGCGCGCCCACAGGAUUCUCUCCGGUCCGUCAGCGGCUCUCAAACACACCGAAGUCUUUCAGCCAGUCCAGCCGGGACAGACGCGCAGCAUGGCGGCCAAGAAAGUCUGCAUUAUCGGCUCUGGCAACUGGGGUUCUGCAAUUGCCAAGAUAGUGGGCGCCAAUGCAGCAAAAUACAACACGUUUGACAGCACAGUGAACAUGUGGGUGUUUGAGGAGAUGAUCAAUGGACGCAAACUUACCGAAAUCAUCAACACCGAACAUGAGAACAUCAAAUACCUGCCCGGACACAAGCUGCCGCCCAAUGUGGUGGCGGUUCCAGAGCUGUUGGACGCAGUGAAGGGCGCAGAUAUCCUCAUCUUUGUCAUCCCACACCAGUUUGUGUCCCGAGUCUGUGACACAAUCAAGGGUCACAUCAAGACAGAUGCUGUGGGAAUGUCCCUCAUUAAGGGUGUGGAUGAGGGUCCUGACGGACUGAAACUGAUCUCUGAUGUCAUUAGGGAAAAACUAGGCAUCACCAUGACCGUGCUGAUGGGAGCCAAUCUGGCCAAUGAGGUCGCUGACGAGAAAUUCUGUGAAACUACAAUCGGAUGUAAAAGCAAAGCUCAUGGGCCUCUGUUAAAGGAACUGAUGCAAACACAAAACUUCCGUGUGACGGUGGUGGAGGAGGCUGAUGUUGUGGAGAUCUGUGGGGCGUUAAAGAACAUUGUCGCUGUGGGUGCUGGUUUCUGUGACGGUCUGAACUUUGGUGACAACACCAAGGCCGCCGUGAUCCGCCUGGGUUUGAUGGAGAUGAUCGCCUUCGCUCGGUUAUUCUGCACGGCCAGUCCGGUUUCUCCCGCCACGUUUCUGGAGAGCUGCGGCGUCGCUGACCUCAUCACCACCUGCUACGGAGGACGCAAUCGCAAAAUUGGAGAAGCGUUUGCAAAAACGGGAAAAUCUAUCGAGGAGCUUGAGAAGGAAAUGCUGAAUGGCCAGAAACUUCAAGGUCCGGCAACCGCAGCAGAAGUUCAUCAGAUCCUCAAACACAAAAACCUGGUGGAAAAGUUUCCCCUGUUUAAUGCGGUUUAUCAGAUCUGUUUCCAGGGUCAUCCGGUCAAAGAGUUCGUCACCUGCCUACAGAAUCAUCCAGAACACAUGUAAAUGUCCAUUAUGGCUUUUUUUAGUUGUUUUUUCAAUAACACCAUAAAAGAGUUUUGUGACAAUGUUGUAAAUUAUCGGUACAUAACAUUUUAUUUUGGCUAAAAAGCAUUGUAAAGGAAGUUUGUCCUGUUUUAAAGUCCUACACUCUCGCAAAGUUUUUUUAACAUUUCCUAUUCUGUAAUUUUGCAGCCAAUAAUGAGAAUGUGCCUUAAAGCUGAGCCCUCAACUUAUUUUCUUCUUUUCUGGCAAACAGAAAGAAUUUUAUGCACUAUGUGUUCAUGUAAAAAGUGCCAUAAAAACAUAUUUCAUUCACACUUUGUGUCUUGCAUCUGUAAGCAAGUUAGAAAUGGUUUGUGAGUUUGCUGUCAGAAAUGACUGAGAAUGAAGCUAACAUUGAAUCCUUUAGUCCGGUGUGUCUCUGUACAUUGAUAUCUCUCUAACACACAUGGAAUGUGACCUUUACUUUCUAAACUCUCUCUGAUGCAUUACAUGUUCACCUUUAACAUUUUAGAGGUUCAACCUUUGACCUUUUCUUGAGAGCAAGCCACUCCUCACAGAAACACAGAAUGAAAUAUUUAAAUUUCUAAUGUUUGCAAACUGGACAGAUCUAAACUAAACUGUACUGUACAACAGAUAUUAUAUUUACUGUACAACAGAUAUUAAAGAAAGUUAUGUCUUG